UAAUAAUUGUUAUAAUCAACGGAAUGCUGGCGUCACCUCUGCAAGGAAGGAACCUGCAGCCCUACAUGCCAAACGUGUGUGUGGAGCGUGAGGUGAAGCUGGUGGCCCAGAGACAGCCCUGCACCCAGGCCUUCACGCGCAUGGUCAAGGUGUGGAAGCAGGGCUGUGUCGGACAGAACCCCUGUCUGGGCUACGAGAGGAGGACUGCGUACUACACGGCGUAUAGACAGGUGUACAGACAGGACCUCCAGACUGUGUACAAGUGCUGUCCUGGCUGGUCUCAGCUCAACGGAGAGGCAGGCUGCCUGUAUCCACUCUGCAGCUAUGGUGUCUGCUUUAACGGGGGCCAGUGUCGCCACAGCCCCUCCCAGCUCUGCGCCUGCCCUGCCGGCUUCAACGGGCCCAGCUGCCAGUACGAUGUGAAUGAGUGUGAGGAGACCAAUGGGGGCUGUGAGGCUCUGUGCUGUAACACAAUCGGCAGCUUCUACUGCAAGUGCCCCAGUGGCCAGGAGCUGAAGGAGGACGGCAAGUCCUGCCAGGAUAUUGAUGAGUGCCAGGUUCACAACGGAGGCUGCCAGCACAAGUGUGUGAACACCAGGGGCUCGUACCGCUGUGAGUGUGACCCGGGCUCACGGCUGCACGUGGACGGCCGCACCUGCAUCGCUGUCCACUCCUGUGUGGUCAGUAACGGAGGCUGUGAGCAUGUCUGUGUCCAGCUCACCCCCGCCAACUUCCAGUGCCGCUGCCGAAACAACUAUCAGCUGGCCCAGGACGGCAAGCACUGCACGCUUCGCAACCCCUGUGAAGACAGAAACGGGGGCUGCAUGCACCGUUGCCGGGGCGACGGGGGUCGGGCGCUGUGUGACUGCCACCCGGGGUACAGGCUGGGGCGGGACGGCAAGACCUGCGAAGACAUCGAUGAGUGUCAGGCAGGGAGGGCGCUCUGUGCUCAUGGCUGCCGGAACACCCGCGGCUCCUUCACCUGCAUCUGUGACCCCGCCUACGAGCUGGGAGCCGACGGCAGGCAGUGCUACCGCAUUGAGAUGGAGAUCAUUAAUAGCUGUGAAACUGAGAAUGGAGGCUGCUCUCACCACUGCCAGCACUCCACCAAUGGACCAGUCUGCAGCUGUAACCAUGGCUACCAGCUGGGCGAUGACCACAAGACCUGUGUGGAUAUUGAUGAGUGUCGAGAGGGGAGUUCUUGCUGCGUCCAGGACUGUACCAACUACCCAGGGGGUUAUGAGUGCUAUUGCAGGGCGGGAUAUCGCCUCAACCAGGAUGGAUGCGGGUGUGAUGAUGUGGACGAGUGUCUCUCUGAGAACGGGGGGUGUGAGCACGUCUGCCAGAACAGCGCCGGGUCCUUCCAGUGUUUCUGCCCGUGGGGUCACCGCCUGGACGAGGACCGCCGGUCCUGCCUGGCGCUGGAGGGUGCGGUGGAGGCUUUGGGCAGUGCGCUGGAGGAGCUGCCCGGCUCUCUGCACAGACCCCAGCUUCAGCUGACCCUGCUGCAGGACUAUGGCCAGCCGCCCGAACGCUAUGAGGACUACGAGGACGAGCCAGGGAGGCCGGGUCAGCUGCGGGCAGAGAACAGUCUGGCCCACAAAUUCGUGUGUGUGAACCACACGUUUGGUCACGACUGCAGCCUGACGUGUGAUGACUGCUCUAACGGGGGGAGGUGCUCUCUGCAGCGGGACGGCUGUGACUGUCCCAGCGGCUGGACCGGGAUCAUCUGCAACCAGACCUGUCCGGAGGGGACCUUCGGCCAGAACUGCUCCUCCAUCUGUAAGUGUCAGAACGGCGCCCCCUGUGACCCGGUGAGUGGGUUCUGCCGGUGCCCGCCGGGCGUCAGCGGAGACCUGUGCCAGGACGGCUGUCCCAAAGGCCUCUACGGGAAGCACUGCAACAGGAAGUGCAACUGCGCCAACAACGGCCGCUGCCACCGCACCUACGGAGCCUGCCUGUGCGACCCGGGACUGUACGGCCGGUUCUGCCACCUGCAGUGCCCGAAAUGGGCUUUCGGUCCUGGCUGCUCAGAGGAGUGUCAGUGUGUCCAGAGCAACACCCUCGAAUGCCACCGUCGCCAUGGCACCUGCAUCUGCAAGGCUGGUUACCGGGGCGACACGUGCAAGGAAGAAUGCAGUGCGGGUUUCUACGGCCUAGGCUGUAAGCAGAAGUGCAGGUGCCCAUCGGGCAUGGCAUGCCACCAUGUGACUGGGGAGUGCCAGCGGCAGUGCCCAGCCGGUCGGCAGGGGGAAAACUGCGAUCAAGAGUGUGCUGGUGGGAGUUUUGGGGCGGGGUGCUCCCAGGCGUGUGACUGCUCGGGGUCGCCAUGUGACAAAGUGACCGGGCAGUGCUACUGUCCGCCCGGUGCCAUUGGAGAGCACUGUGAAAAAGUGUGCGCGGAUGGUUUUUGGGGGCGGGGCUGUAAGGAGGCGUGUCCAGCCUGUGAGAACGGGGGCGUGUGUGACAGACAGAAUGGCACCUGCCACUGCCCACCUGGCUACAUGGGCAAGCUCUGUCAGAACGUGUGCCCGUCGGGCCGGUUUGGGCUCGGGUGUCAGCUGCGGUGUGUGUGUGAGAGCAGCGGGCGGUGCCACCCUGUGACGGGGCGCUGUACCUGUGCCCCCGGCUGGACCGGCCACACCUGCAGGAGAGCCUGUGACGCGGGGCGCUGGGGGGUGGACUGCGCCGGCGUGUGUGACUGCAGGAACGGAGAUGGCGGCUGUGACGCGGUAACCGGGCAGUGCCACUGCGAGCCGGGCUUCACCGGGACACGCUGCGAGCACAAGUGCCCGGCGGGUUAUUUUGGACCGGCCUGUCGGCACCGGUGCCAGUGUGACAGCCAGGCAGCCUGUGACCAUGUGAGCGGAGCCUGUACCUGCCUGCCGGGCUGGACCGGAACCUUCUGUGAGAAACCGUGUCCGCAGGGCUUCUUUGGGCUGGAGUGUCGGGAGAAGUGCGCGUGUCUGAACGGGGGGCGCUGUGACCACCUGACGGGGGCUUGUCUAUGUCCAGCAGGCUGGGUCGGCCCGCACUGCAACCUGACAUGCCGGUCCGGUUACUAUGGCGACGGCUGUAACCGCACCUGUAACUGCCACAACAAUGCCAGCUGCCACCCAGUGAGCGGGACGUGCCGCUGUGAGCCCGGCUGGACCGGACCCGGCUGUCAGCAAGCAUGCUCAGCAGGCUUCUAUGGACUGGACUGCAGCCAGCGCUGUCUGUGCCAGAACGGGGGUGUGUGUGACCCGGCCAGCGGGCACUGUGCAUGCCCUGACGGGUGGACCGGGGCAGCCUGUGAGCUGGAGUGUGGUGAGGGCCAGUUUGGGGCAGGCUGUAAGCAGAGGUGUGAGUGUGAGAAUGGGGGUCAGUGUGAUCGGCAGACAGGUCAGUGCACCUGUCGUCCGGGCUGGACUGGGGAGCACUGUCAGACAGCGUGUGCGGCGGGCCGGUUUGGAGCGGGGUGUGAGGAGCGGUGUGAGUGUGAGCACAGCGCCCCCUGCCACCAUGUCACCGGCGCCUGCGUGUGUCCCCCUGGCUGGAGAGGGCCGCUGUGCGACAAAGCCUGUUUGCCCGGCACGUUUGGGGAGGGCUGUGCGCGGCGCUGUUCCUGUCCCCGCGGUGUCUCCUGUCACCAUGUGUCCGGGGCGUGCGGCUGUCCCUCCGGCUUCACGGGCAGUGGCUGCGAGCAGACCUGCCUGCCUGGCACCUACGGACUCAACUGUAAUCAGGUGUGCCAGUGCUCAGAGGCCAACCAGCUGUGCCACCCUUUGACGGGCCUCUGCUACUGCGCGCCAGGCUACCACGGGCACCGCUGCCAGCUCGAGUGUGAAGAGGGCCGCUAUGGGCCAAACUGUGAGCGUCAGUGCCGAUGUCUGAACGGGGGAGUGUGUCAGCGUACGACAGGCACCUGUGAGUGCCCGCCUGGGUACAUAGGAGCCCGCUGCAACAUCACAUGCCCUGCAGGUCGCUAUGGGAGGGACUGCGCCCAGGUGGCUCGGUGUGCGGAGGGGGCGGGGACUCACCCGGUCACUGGCAGGUGCAUAUGCAACCCUGGGCAGAGAGGAGAGAGCUGCGAACAAGGCUGUGCAGUGGGCUGGUUUGGACAGCACUGUGCUGAACGCUGUAACUGCAGGAACGGAGCACAGUGUGACUCUGUCUCUGGGGCCUGUAUCUGUGGGCUGGGCUGGACUGGACCUCACUGUGAGACAGAGUGUCCAUCAGGAAGGUACGGCCCUGACUGCCAGCUGCAGUGUGACUGUCACAACAAUGCCACGUGUGACAGAGUGACAGGGAUCUGCCAGUGUGGUCCUGGGUACUAUGGACACCGCUGCGAACACGCAUGCCCUCCUGGUUUCCAUGGUCCCCGCUGCCGGCUGCACUGUGACUGCAGAAAUGGUGCCCCCUGCCACCCCCAAACCGGCCAGUGCAUCUGUCCCCCGGGAUACCACGGCUCUCAGUGUGAGAAAGAGUGUGAACAGGGCCAGUUUGGGACGGACUGUUCAGGGUCAUGUGACUGUGAUGGAGACACCCCAUGUGACCCUUUGAGUGGCAGGUGUCUGUGCUCCCCAGGGAGGACAGGAGCCAGGUGUGACAUUGAUUGUAGGGCGAGCCGGUACGGUCCGGAUUGCACUCAAAGCUGUGAGUGUGAAAACGGAGCACAGUGUGACCCUCGAAACGGCCGCUGUACCUGCCUUCAGCACUGGAUCGGAUUCACCUGUCAGGAAGGGGGGCCCCCUCGCCUGCCUGACAGAAGCAGGAGGGAGCAUGCAUCACAUCUAGACAACACUGUGUAGCGCCCCCUGCUGGCUAAGGAUAAGC